AUGAAGGAUUUUCUGAGCAACAGAGCCAGGUGGGGCCAGGUGGAGAAGGGAGGCGCGUCCAUUGCCCACCUGAGAAUCUACCUGAGGGGUCUGCGGCGUGAAGGCGAUUCGAAACUAGAGCAUUUACAGGACAUGUUUCUCUCUCACGGACUAACUCUGGAAGACAUAAAGCUCGAGAUGCUCUCAGUGGUGCAGCUCUUUGCCACCCUCGUCAGCCCCGUGCGAACCGGAGCUAAGAACAAGCCCAAGCUCCUCACCAUCAUAGCCACGUCCGAGCCUUGGAACAGACCUCACGCUAUGGAGAAGCGCCUCGUUGCCGCGGCUGUGACCGGGCCUGUCCCGGGCCUGCCGCCGGAGCUGGCCGCCGCGGCUGCGGCGCAGGUUCGGGUGGGCGAGGAGGAGGUUCGGCGGUAUGGAGGGAUGCUGGAGCGGUUUUUGGAGAGCCCGAGGGAGUGGAAUCUGGUGGACCAUCGGGGGGAGUUUCAGUUCAAUGCUAUUUUUGCAUUCCUGCGCAAAGCGCAUGUGUGCGAGCCGCUGCUGCUGCAGGUAAGCCUGCAUUGCAUGCAAGGAAGAGUUCGGCCAAUCAAAUGCGCCCGUCUGCUGCCGACCUCCCGCCAGGACCGGUCGGCGUUCCUCGUCCGCGUCCGUCAGGCAGGGGACGACGAGCUGGGCGGCGUGCUUCGGCAGUUUCUGGAGGACCCGAAGCACUGGGCGUGUGCGUUGAAAGGGGGCGUGGUUGUAACGAGACUGGGGAAGUUUAUCAGGGAGAUGGCAGAAAACAACCCAACGAUGCUGGAGCCCUACCAGCAGGCGUUCUUCGCUCACGGCAUCGGCAUGAACGAGCUGCGGCGGGAGAAGCGCACCGCCUUAGAGCUGUUUGCAUACCUCAUGGGAGUCACAGGUAACAUGAGAGCAUGGAAGAAGCACCGGCUUUUAAAGAUCAUAUCUGCCAUGCCAGCCUGGCAGAUUCAUGCGACACGAUUGGACGAGAUGGGCUUGGGGGGAGGUGUGGGGAAGAGGGGGUGGGGGGGAAGGAGGGGUGCUGGUGGGGAGGGUAGGGGCGAAGGGGAAGAGGAUGAGGAAGGGGAGGAGGGAGGGGGGGAGGAGGGAGAGGAGGAGGAGGAAGGAGAGGAGGGAGGGGAGGAGGAAGUGACUGAGGGAGAUGAAGUGAGUCUGAAGGAAGAGAGAAAGGGGCAGGCUCCAGCAGGUGGAGCAGGUGUAGCAUCAGCUGUAGCACCGUUUGUAGCAGCAGGGGCAGGAGUAGCAGCAGCAGCAGCAGCAGCAGCAGGGGAGGAGGAGGUGAGUGAGGGAGAUGAAAUGCAGAGAGGGGAGGAGCAGAGGAAGGGUGAUCUUGAGGACGAGGCUUUGGAGAUGGGGGAGCAUGGGGCGGAGGCGGGCUUUGGGUGUGAAAAGUGGGGGAAGAAGGCCCCAGAUGCACUGGACGUGCCUAGCGGUUCUGAGACUGUUGCAAACGAUGCUGUGGGGUUGGGAGGGGGCUCAGAAGCAAGUGGUCUGAAUGGUGUGGUGAGGAGAGCUGCAAUUGUUGGGGAAAGAGAGGAGGGAAAUCUGGGAGGGGAGGAGGGGGAAGUGGGGGAGGGAGUGGAGAAGGGGGAAGGAGGGGAGGGAGGGGAGGGGGUGGAAAGGGAGCGGGAGGGGAUGGAAGUCUGGGAGCUUAUCUUUGCUGAUGGGGCUUUGGAGGAGGAGGAAGGGAGGCUGGGCUGCCUCUGGGAAGAGACUAGGGAUGGGCAGGGACAGGAUGUAGACUGCAUCACAGAGUGCAGAGGAGACAAGGGAGAGAGCAGAGAGAAUGAGGGAGCACACGGAGGAGACGAGGGAGAGAACAGAGGAAAUGCAGGAACACCCGCAGCAGCAGCACCACCAAAACCAGCAACAGCAGCAGCACCAGCACCAGCACCAGCAGCAGCAGCAGGAGAGGAGGAGGAGACAGGAGAAGUGGCAAGUCUGUUCCUCGCGUUCGUGAGAGAUCCAGAGGAGUGGGCGCUGGGAGACGCGCAGAGCCGUGCCAAGGUGCCCCUCUUCUUCCGAUACCUUCGACACCUGCAGAGGAUUGGCUCACCGCUGCUCAACCGUGCCAAGGUGCCCCUGUUCUUCCGAUACCUUCGGCACCUGCAGCGAAUAGGCUCGCCCCUGCUCAAGGUGAGUGUAGAGUUCCACCCAUCCUCUCCCCCACCCUCUCCCCCAUCCUCUCCCCCAUCCUCUCCCCCAUCCUCUCCCCCCACCCUCUCCCCCACCUCUCCCCCACCCUCUCCCCCACCCUCUCCCCUCCCCCCCUCUCCCCCACCUCUCCCCCACCCCACCCUCUCCCCCACCCUCUCCCCAUCCUCUCCCCCAUCCUCUCCCCCACCCUCUCCCCCAUCCUCUCCCCCAUCCUCUCCCCCAUCCUCUCCCCCAUCCUCUCCCCCACCCUCUCCCCCAUCCUCUCCCCCACCCUCUCCCCCAUCCUCUCCCCUAUCCUCUCCCCCAUCCUCUCCCCCAUCCUCUCCCCUCAUCCUCUCCCCCAUCCUCUCCCCCAUCCUCUCCCCCACCCUCUCCCCCAUCCUCUCCCCCACCCUCUCCCCCAUCCUCUCCCCUAUCCUCUCCCCCAUCCUCUCCCCCAUCCUCUCCCUCCUCCCCCAUCCUCUCCCCCAUCCUCUCCCCCAGCCUCUCCCCCACCCUCUCCCCCAUCCUCUCCCCCAUCCUCUCCCCCAUCCUCUCCCCCAUCCUCUCCCCCACCCUCUCCCCCCCUCCCCCACCCUCUCCCCCAUCCUCUCCCCUAUCCUCUCCCCCAUCCUCUCCCCCAUCCUCUCCCCUAUCCUCUCCCCCAUCCUCUCCCCCAUCCUCUCCCCCAUCCUCUCCCCCAUCCUCUCCCCCUCCUCUCCCCCACCCUCUCCCCCACCCUCUCCCCCACCCUCUCCCCCAUCCUCUCCCCCAUCCUCUCCCCCAUCCUCUCCCCCAUCCUCUCCCCCAUCCUCUCCCCCACCCUCUCCCCCCCAUCCUCUCCCCCAUCCUCUCCCCCAUCCUCUCCCCCAUCCUCUCCCCCACCCUCUCCCCCAUCCUCUCCCCCACCUCUCCCCCAUCCUCUCCCCUAUCCUCUCCCCCAUCCUCUCCCCCAUCCUCUCCCCCAUCCUCUCCCCCAUCCUCUCCCCCACCCUCUCCCCCACCCUCUCCCCCAUCCUCUCCCCCAUCCUCUCCCCCAUCCUCUCCCCCACCCUCUCCCCCAUCCUCUCCCCCACCCUCUCCCCCAUCCUCUCCCCCAUCCUCUCCCCCUCAGCCAAUAGCAGUGAAGAAGCAACCAUCCAAACCCCCCUUUUCUUCCCAUUCCUCUCCCUGCCUCCCCCCACCCCUCCCCCCCCCCUGCAGGCGGAUCGUGAAAUCCUCCUGUCGCACGCCCUCUCCUCCUCUCACCUCCUGGCAAUCAAGAAGCAAGCGCUGAUGCUCUUUGCUGCUCUCUUUGGGAUAUCAACCAGCCUAAACCCCUCUCUCCUUCCGUCCGUCCUCCUUUCUCCCCUGCAGGCGUAUCGUGAAAUCUUCCUGUCGCACGGCCUCUCCUCCUCGCAGCUCCUCACCAUCAAGAAGCAAGCACUCAUGCUGUUUGCUGCUCUCUUUGGGUACCGCAGGCAGCUGGACGGCAAGAACAAGGGGCACUCUGCUGCCCCAUGUGGGGGUAAGGAGAGGCGAGAUGGAAGGAAGGAACUGCAAGGCAUGGAGCUGGGAGGGCGGAGGGAGCAGCAGAAAGAGCAGCAGCAGGGCAUGGGGGCACAAGAGGCACAGCUGCAGGAAGAACAGCUGUUGUGGAGGCAAGAGCAGGCCAAGGAAGGGGGGAUUGUGGUGGCUCGAAGGGUUGGCUCUGCUGCCCCGUGUGCUGUGACCGAUGAACCUGUCGCUCCGCUUGCUGUGCAGAUUCGUAAUGCGGGAGAGGACAGCACGGAUCGCUCGCGGUGGCAAAUCAUUUACCCCGUUUACAUAAACUCGAAGAUGACUAUAGCGCAGGGUCGUCGCAUCGCGGCGAGCAAGGCCGCGGAGAACCCCAACAUUCAAGAGAUGCUCGACUCGUGCACGCACCUCAAAAUCCCCGUGCACGCAGAGCUAGACAAGGCCUAUUCACGGGACUUCUUUCAAAGAGGCCGCAUUCGAGUGCAGAUCAAGAAGCCGGAUGGCACGCCACACAACCCCGAUAUCCCCAACAAAAUGGCGCUUAUGCUGAAACUGGGGGAGCUUAUACCGAAGCAUGUUGGGCGGAGCAAGAAAGACAAGGACAAGGAGGGGGGCGGCGGAGGGGGUGGGGGUGCAGGGGGGUCGCAUGGAGCAGGGGGUGGUUCCGAGAAGAAGGGGAAGGGAGGGAAGAAGAGGAGAUGA